GAACACCAGCGAAUACCUUGAACGGAGGCCGAUCAGCCAAAAGGAGCAGAAGGUUAUUCCGAUAACCGCGCCGGCUCUCACUGCCGCAGAGACUGGCCCAGCAGGGGGGAAAGGGAGAGCUUCACCAGAUUAAAACGAGAUAAUUGAUCCAGCGCACAAUGGAGCGGACAGAAACAUAGCAACAGCCUUGCAGUGACCUCUGUGUCCAGCGCAGGGUCGCAGCGAGGCAGAGCGCAACCCCGCAGACAAUACGAGCGAGUCAAAUACACCCUGGGCAGCACGCUGGCGCUGUGACGGGCCGAGAUCGAGAGCACCAACCGCUGCAGAAUAACAAGAGGUACAACUAUGCUGUUUUGGGGGCAGCCCUCUGUACUGCAGAAGGAUCCAGACUGACCCAUAAGAAACUGGACAGUGAAGAUAACGCAGAGGCUCUUGUACAAUACAACUACGACACACAGCUGGCAUGGCUCCGUCACAUCGACGGGCUGCGGCAGAACGCUACAAAAUGUGUUCACAACUUUCUUAGCAAUACAAUACUGUAGAUAUGCUCAUACAACUAACCAAACUAAGGUUUCAUAGAAUCCUUAGUCUGCGAUUUGUAUGUAAAUGGCCAGACUCAAACCUGUUACAAUGCUCUGCUGUCAUCCUGUGGAUCUCUUCUUACGUAGGACAGAGGGGCUUUCAGAUAAGUGAAUAUGAUGAAACGUUAUGCCUAUAAGUGCUGUGCAUCAGUCAGAUACUCCUGCAAUUUGCGAGUUCAGAUUGCUUCUUUCAGAUCAGACCUCACAAGGAAAUCGCCUUACCAGCCUUGACCAUGCUCAGCCCAGUGGGCACAGCAUUCACAACACUAUGUAAUUAUAAUUAAGGCUUUAUACAUCUUUCAAGGACCAUUUUUCAACAGCUGUAACAAAGCACUAAAAAUUGGCCUUACCUGUCAAGAGAAUUAGCUUGUCAAUUUCCCACAACUACCCCAAAACCCCUUUUGAAAACAGCAACAGACAUUUUGCUCCUUGUUUCACUUGCCAACUUCUUGCCUAGAUGAGAAAUUGGUCUAACCUGGCCCUCGGUUUCUCAAGCUGGAGUGGAUCUGUCCACAGGGUACACUCACAGUGCACAGGUUGGAAAUACCAAUUAACCUAGACAACGCCUGAAUGUGGGGAAGAAACCAGAACAGUCUUAGGAAACCCAGGAGAACAUGCAAACCCCACCAGGGAGAAAGGUAUCCCAUGCCAGAAAUAAACCCAGUAUAGGCCACUCCUAUUUAUAUGGUGGCAUAUAGCCUAUGAGCAGUCCAAUUCAGUAAACACAGCCCAUCAACCAAUUCAUAACUCGCAUUGCAGAAAGUUUUGCAAUCUCCCCUUCAAAGGGAGAGUGUAGCUCAGGGGUGGCCAGUCCAGUCCGGUCCCAGAGGGCAGCAGCUGUCUGCCCAGUUUCCAGGUCUCCUCCAAGCAGCAACACACAAAGAGCUGGGAGCAGCUGAUAAACUGGAUCCACUAAACCAGUAAAGAGCUGAUUUAGGUUGUUAAUUGAUGAGUUGGAAUGAAAACCCGAACUGGCCUCACAGGACCAGGAUUGACAACUACUGUCUGUCUUUUUUCCCAGUACUGUUGUGUGCAGUGAUCUUUUCAUGUUUCAGUCAGAAAGAAGGGAAGCCUAUUUGAAAAACCCAGCUCCCUCGUGCCACAAAAUGAAUGACACACUUUUAAUCUAAUUAAAGAGACCAAGUCCGUGUCAAACCUCUCCUGCAGUAUAUGCAACAGGAAAAUAAAAGGACCUAGUUUACAAGGGAAAAGUCCGAGAAAGCCCGGUCCCUAACAUCACAGUAAUUAAGGCUCUUUCUCAUGUCCGGACUCCUGACUCGUCUCAAGUGACCGAUAAGAUCAAACCAGUCUCCCUACCAUGCUAACCUAGUUUUCCACGGGGCUCUUCACUGAGAAACGUCCUUUAUUCAAACUGCAAGCUGUUUUGAAAAGCGUAGAGCUUUUUUAUUUUGCUCCACAUUCGACCUUUACUAUCAGACAGGAACUUUUUAAUUCUUUUUCUCCACUCGCACGGUCGCUGAAAGAAUCACAUGCGAGAUGUCCAACUUCACCAUGGCCACUAUUUCCAGAUUUCGCAGGCUCACUGGACGAUUACAGAACCGAAUCACCAUACAGGUGUUGAUUUGGAAGCAGGUAUUUUCCAGUUUAUUGAUAGAGCGGAUAUCCGUUUUAAGUAGCCCCAAAAUACGUUUCCCCAUAUCAAAGUCUUCAAGGUACUGCGGAGGCGACGUAAUAGCCCCCGCGCUUACGUCGUCUUAGAGACGCAACUUUAAAAAAAUCCCACACUUGUGUACGUCGUUUUCCACUUCGUGACGUCAGUUUAGAGUAAAAAAACGCGUGUAUCUGGCGUUUUGCUUGGCCGGUAAUGAAAAUAAGCGAUGACGAUUUCUAUCAGUUUUUAAACCGCGAUAAUACAAAUAAUCACGACCAACUCAUCCAUGUGUCCAGGAGCCAACGUCUUUGGAAUCAGCAGCAAAGCACCAACCUGGGCACAAGUGGAAACUAUGGGGAAGUGGAGUGGAAACUGGGAAAAGGAAGACCUACCUUCCACAAAGGACUUCACUGCCAGUCCAUUUACCCAACUGCUUGUCAUCCGCUCACCUCUAAACCCAGCGAGGACCAUGGAGGACUCGGAGCACCAUGCAAAUCCUACGCCCACACCAGGAACUUCUGCAGAUCAGGAACUCCCGGAGAAGCCCGACUGUGCUUCGACUCCCCUGCCAGAGGAGCUGGACGCCCAGGACACAAUGAGACAGUUCUUGUUCCAGCGGGUCUUGAAGGCAGGAAGGGCUCUCUAUGCUGCCUUAAUCGAACGCAGCCCAGGGCUGAUCAGGGACAGGAAGUACCACCUCAAGACUUACAGACGAUGCUGUACUGGGAAGGAGCUGGUGGACUGGUUGAUGAAAGUAAAUGGCAGCAUCCAAUCGCGGAGCCAGGCAGUGGGCAUGUGGCAAGUCUUAGUGGACGAAGGGAUUCUUGUUCAUGCAAAGCAGGAGCUGAACUUCCAAGACAAAGACGCCCAGUUCUACCACUUUUUGGAGGCCGAGUUCGGGGCGGACCACACGGCCACCGAGAAGGACUCGGAGGACGAGCUUCAGGAGGCGAUGGCGUUGUUGGCUCAGAUGGGUCCCGAUGCCCUUCUGACCAUGAUCUUGCGCAAACCGCCGAGCCAGAGGGGUCCAGAGGACCUGGAGGUGAUCUUCGAGGAGCUGCUGCACAUCAAGGCCGUAGCCCAUCUCUCCAGCUCGGUCCGGAGGGAACUGGCUGCUGUGCUGGUGUUUGAAUCCCACGCCAAGGCAGGAACGCUCUUGUUCAGCCAAGGAGACAAAGGGACAUCCUGGUACAUCAUCUGGAAGGGCUCUGUCAACGUGAUCACGCACGGGAAGGGCUUGGUCACCACGCUUCACGAGGGGGAUGACUUUGGACAGCUGGCCCUUCUGAAUGAUGCCCCCCGUGCGGCUACUAUCAUCCUGCGCGAGGACAACUGCCACUUCCUGCGCGUAGACAAGCAGGACUUCAUCCACAUCCUCAAGGAUGUGGAGGCCAACACUGUGCGGCUGGAGGAGCAUGGGAAGGUGGUGCUGGUGCUGGAGAAGAGCAGUCAAAGCGAGCAGUCCAGUCAGGGAGGCUCAGCCAACAGCAACAAGUACACGGUGAUGUCUGGGACCCCGGAGAAAAUCCUGGAACACCUGCUUGAAACAGUGCGGCUGGACUCGAACCCCAGCGAACUCCCAGAUUCCUGUGUGACCGACUUCCUCCUAACCCACUGUGUCUUCAUGCCCUCAUCACAGCUCUGCCCAGUGCUGCUGCACUACUACCACACCGAGCCCUCAGAAGGCUCCGAGCUGGAGAAGGCGGCGUACUCCCUCAACAAGAAGCAGAAGAUCAUCCGCCUGCUGUACCAGUGGGUGGGGCUGUACGGGAAGCUGCUCAAAGAGGACCCCACAGCUGUGGAGUUUCUGGAGAGCCUGAAGGGGGCAGUGGUGAGGGACUCCCGUCUGACCGUCAUGCUGAAGGAGCAGCAGCUCCCUGACCGGAGGAAGACCCGAGCGCUGGAGAACGGCUACAGCGCAGCGUCUCAGAGCAAGGCUAACGAGUUCGACUGGUUUUCUGGUCAGGAGGAAUGUGUGAGGAAGUGCCGGCCAAUCAGAUCGCAGGAUAAAGUGCUGUAUGAGAUCUUCCGCCCCGAUCGCACCCCCGUCUCCCUGAUGCUCCCGGUUGACACCUCCGUGCAGGAUGUGAUAUCAGCGCUUGUCAACCCAGGAGGGAACCAUGUCUUGGUCAAAAUUAACUCCUCUGGAGAGAGGGCCCAGCUCAAACUGGACACCACGGCUGUCUUCACAUCCCUGGGGGUGAACGAGAGGCUCUUCCUCUGCACUGCCAACCAAGUGGAUCAGCUGAUUCCUCUGAAGGAGCAGCAGGGGCCUGACCAAGGCACCCUGGACUCCCUGGAGCAGAUGAGCUCUAAGGACAUAGCCUGCCAGCUCAGCGACUACGACUGGGAGCUCUUUGGCGCCAUGCACGAGGUGGAGCUGGUUUAUUACAUAUUUGGGCGUCACAAGUUCCGUGGAGCCACCACUGCCAACCUGGAGCGCUUUGUGCGCCGGUUCAAUGAAGUCCAGCACUGGGUGGCCACUGAGCUGUGCUUGUGCCCUGACCUCGGCAAGCGGGCGCUGCUACUGAAGAAAUUCAUCAAGGUGGCCACCGUGUUGAAGGAGCAGAAAAACCUGAACUCCUUCUUCGCUGUGAUGUUCGGCCUGAGCAACAGCGCUGUGCAGCGUCUCUCCAGGACCUGGGAGAGACUGCCAAGCAAGACGAGAAGAAUCUAUUGUGCUUACGAGAGGUUAAUGGACCCCUCUCGCAACCACAGGGCCUACAGACUGGCUGUCGCCAAGCUCAGCUCUCCUUACAUUCCAUUCAUGCCGCUGUUACUAAAAGAUAUGACAUUUAUUCAUGAAGGCAACAAGAACCAUAUCGAAGGUCUGGUGAACUUUGAGAAAAUGCGCAUGAUUGCCAAGACAGUGAAGAUUGUUCGGGAAUGCAGGAGCCAGCCUUACGUUCCAGCCUCUCCUCAAAAGGGCCUGACUGACCGGGUUUUCUUGGAAACAACAGCAGUUCGAGUGUCUACCUGUUCGGAGCAGUCUGUGACUCUCCGCAGCCCUGCACUUGUCCGCCUGUACAUCCAGAAUCUGAGAGUGAUUGACAAUCAACGCCGGCUGACUCAGCUGUCCCGGGACCUGGAACACUAGGGUAUCCGGCCUGUCUUCUGCCUCACAUCUCUACUGAACUGCCGAACUCUGCCGUCUGCUCCAGAGCCUUUCAAUUGAGACACUACUGUACUUCACUAAAACACUACGGCCGUGCAUAGUGUGUACGAGCUUCUGAAACCAACUCUGCAUUCAGGAUAUUGCCAAAUGGAGCCUUGCAGACAGCACAGAAGUAGCCUAGGAGUUCCCAGUGGAAUCUAGGAGAUUAAAAUGGAGCUAAACUCAACAUGAAAACCUGCUUUGCAGAGUUGGGAGCCCCAAAGAUGACUGCUUCAGAAGACCAAGUGAGGUUCUGUAGCUCACAUGGCUGUCUCUGCUGGAAAGAAGCUGCCAUUAAUGUUGACUUCAUAGUGAUGUUUGUUGUCUUAUGGGCAGUGCAGCAUUUGUCUAGCCGGGUAAAGCCAUAUGUGUUUUCCAAUUCACUGCAGCUAGAGGACCAAGAAGCUUAUUUAUGUUUUACUUCCAGCUGCUUAGAUCAGUAAACAGAUCUUCUAAGAAAGUCUACAAAAAUACAAGAGUCUGACAAAAUACAAGAGAUCGAGCAUAGAUGCAGCAAGGCCAGAGGAGUACGAGAUGCAUUUUGUCCAACAGUGCCCAGUGCAAGAUUUUUUGGAUGCUGGUUUAGUCCAAACCCACGAGGGUUUAAAGUCCUGUUCUGCUUUAGCAUCGGAAGACCAUAACAAAGCACUCACAUACCCCAUUCACAAACUAGAGUGACAGAUUUCAUCAUAUACACAUCAUACACAUAUACAUUACAUCAACAUAUUUCAGUAGAAUCUGUAAUAGUUGUGGUCUAAAAAAAAGAUUCAGGGCAACACUUUGUACUAUUUCUGAGAGGUGUUUUAAGGUUUAAGAUCUUGUGAGAAUAGUCUUCUCUAUGAGAAAAUCCUGCUAGAUCCCAUAGAAGAGGAGAGAGUUAAGUGUUGCAUUUCCCAGGAAAUUCCUGGAUCCCAAAUGACAUCUGACUGACAUUUGACUUUUAGCUAUCUACAUUAAGAAAUAAGAGAACAAUGCACUUUUAAACGAGGUCAGUUUUUGUCUGAGUAAAGCCUCUCUCUCAAUGAAUUAUGUGUAUUAUAGACCGCAAAUAGAUUAAGAGCUCAAGAUUGAAUUUCCAGUUGCUAUUGUACUGUACAUUAUGAUGGAAGUGCCUAGAACUUAAGUCUUUAGAGUAAGUUAUUAUGGAGUUUUAAUGCUCAAGUCCUAUAUUUCUAUAGUGUUUUCAUUGGGCUUAAUUUACUGUAUUUGAGAAGAACUUAGUUAUGUGAAUGUUCAAGCACCAAAGAAAAAAAAGUGAGCAAGCUCUUGUCUAACUCACUUUUGCAUUGGGCCUAAUAAAGAAUUGUGUGCCUUCAGGGUAAGAGGCAUGUGGAAAAACUCCAAGCUCAAAGAGGAGCAGACACUAACACAGUAGUGUGUGCUUUUUUUUCCUUGCACAGAAGACUCAUUUUCAGGAUGUGAGUGUGGUAAAAACAUGCCAGGGUGUGGACACCUUCAGAAGA